AUGCAUCCGCAUCUACACAGAGUGGACAAUGCGGGGUGCGAGGAGGUCGUACAGGCCUUCGAGGAGUGCCAUGCUCGGGGCUUCCUGUGGAAAUCCAUGGGCAUGUGUAACGAUCUUAAGAGAUCCCUCACCGAAUGCCUCAAGGCAGAGAGAGCGAAACAUCAACUCGAGAACCGCAACAACACCAACGACAAGAUGAAGCAGGUCAGAGCGAAGUGGAAGGAGAUUGACGAGAACUCUUGA